UUUCCAUGGAGAACUUGGAGUUGUUGCUGACAUUGCCUGGUGGGGAAAGUGUAAGAGGAUUUUUUCUGGUGACACUGCUGGUGGAGCUGGCAGCUGUUCCUGGCCUGAAGUCUAUCCUUGAUGUCAUCAAUGGCAUCCAUUAUAAUGAUGUUGCUAUGGUCACCAAAGCUCUGGAUGUUGUCAGUCAGGCCAUAGACAGCAUGAAACAGGCUUUUAAACUAAUGCAUGACUAUGUAGAUCCUUCCAUAUUCUAUGGGAUUGUGAGGAUCUAUCUGUCCGGAUGGAAAGAUAACCCACUAAUGCCAGAAGGUCUCGUGUACGAGGAAGUUCAGGAGAAGCCAAUGGAGUUUUCAGGAAGCAGUGCCGCUCAGAGUAGUACCAUACACUGCUUUGAUGAGCUGCUGGGAGUCCAACAUGAAGGCAGCAGCGCGACGAAGAUCAUCUCCUCGCUGGACUCUGAAGAAAGAAGCAGAAGCAAGAAGUUCAGCCUGCUGCUCGAAGUAGAAGAGCCCCUGGCAGCGGAAGAUCGCUGA